CAUUCACGUGCUGACUCUUGAGCUCAACCACCAUCAUGUCUAAUGUAAACCCCGUCAACCCUAAGCCUUUCCUCCAAGAGCUGACAGGCAAGCCCGUCUUCGUCCGUCUAAAAUGGGGGCUUGAGUACAAGGGCUUCCUGGUCAGCACUGAUGGCUUCAUGAAUCUACAACUGGCCAACACCGAAGAAUACCAAGAUGGAAAAUCGAAUGGCACAUUGGGAGAGGUUUUCAUUCGCUGUAAUAACGUUCUCUACAUCAGGGAGGCACCGUCUGAGUAGAUCUAUCUUGGAUCAAAACCACCUGCGCGCCGAGCAGUCGUUGUCCCAAGUCGUUUUUUGUUUUGUUGUUCAGCACCGAUGUAUCAAUCCAUUCUAUUUUGAGAACUGGCAAGAACGUACUUGACCGAGACGCGUUCAGCGCGCGCGUCCCCCCUCCGCGUUGGGCUUUUCUUGAGAGCCGUUUGGUCGUGUUUGAUCGAGAUCAUAUUUUUUGUCGCUUGCACUCUGCCCUCCAUCCGCCCUCAUUUAUACCUAGAAGAUGGCCAAGUCCACCCGAUCCAAAAUAAAGCGUGCCUACCGGUCGAAAAAGCGGACGGAUAGUGUCUACGCCGUGACUGAAGCUGCACGCCUCGAUAGACUGCAUGCCAAGCUGAGCGCGAUCGUCGACAAGGCUGCUCCGGAACCUGAGGAGCAAGAGGGAGAGGAUGAAGAGGAGGAGGAAAUGCCAGUUGACGGAGAACCAACGACUGCAGAUGCUGAUAUGCAAGUCGACGGAGAAAGCUCGAAAAAGGUCUCCACGCACGGCCCUCGUGGUUCCAGGAGAGAGGAAUGGCGGUUAUCGAAGGGCAUGUCCGCUAGGCCCUCCACGAAGGGAAUGAACAGGCAAGGCGGCGUCUCUGCGCGCAGAAAAGCAGGCCGAUCGAAGCGCAGGCGCUGAGCUGCCUGUCGUGUGCUGGUCUCUCUCUGUCUUGUCUACUCCGAUUUGUAUUCUGCUGCUCUCAAGGACACUCUGCGC